AUGGCAGCCAAGGAGUCGGAGGCAGCCAACCGCAACAGUGAUGUGCUGGAGGAGUGCGAAGACAACAUUGACCCUGGUCUCCGUCAUGUGCAUUUAAAACUCAACUGGGUCACUUUCCCGCAGUGCAUGAACGGAUACAACCUUGUGUCAAGAUUCUUUGGCUUCCGGCACCAGCUGCGCCAGCACAAGAUAGCAGCAUACAUUCCGGAUGUCACCGACCUUUCGAGCUGGGUAAAUAGCCGCAAAACCUCCGACGAGAUCACCAUGGGACUGGCAAGUGUCAGCCUAAUCUUCGACGUCCUCCUCUUCACUGGAGCAGCAAGGGAGAGCGGCGCUACGAUCCAACUCGCAGGCCUCUGGGGUUCCAUCGACUGCGUCGUUGACGCCGUGAUUGGUUUCCUGUCGGCGAACUACACCCCUCCUGCCUUCGUAAGAAAUUAUAUGUACACCCCAGCAUGCCUCCAUUUAUAA